CGCAUGUUUACAGUCAGAAAUGAACCCCUGAUUACAAUUGAUUUUAAAGCGUUUUGAUAGUGUGUCGUUUUAUAUUAAACGCGCUGGUUAAAGUGGUAAAUGCGGACUAAGGAGAGGACGCUUAUUGUCGGAGAUAUUGAAUUGUUUGACUUUGUUUCUGAUCUUUUUUUUUUUUUGGCAGAUACGUUUAAACCUUAUUCGAGGAUGUGAAACUCGAAGUUGUUGGAGUUGAAAAGUUGGAAAACCAUUUAUCGCAAGGAUUCACUCCGGUUUAAGGUGGUAGAUAAAAGCUGUAUCUGAAUGAGUGAGCAUGGAUAAAGAAGAAGAUUUGGAGAUACUUGGUGAACAGCUGUACUCUCUGAUCUACCCCAAACACAAGGAGGGUGCUGCAAAACUCACAGGUAUGUUACUGGAGCUUCCAGCUGCUGUUUUGAGCCAGAUGCUGCAGGAUGAGGCCAUGCUGACGGCAGCUGUGGAGAAAGCUCUCAGAGCUCUGCAGCUGGCACUGAAGGCCAGUGAGGCAGCACAGAAAGAUGAGGAUGAUGUGUCCGAGUCCUCCGACUCUCUGGGGGAGCAGCUGUUUGAGUUGGUGGAUGUUUACAACACUGGUCACUCAGAGAAAAUCACAGGAAUGCUUUUGGAGCAGCACAAAGAUGUGAUUUUACAGCUUUUGUCAGACCACAAACUCCUGGAGGAACAUGUAAAUCUUGCCCUGAAGACACUGAAAGAGCAGAAUAUAGAGAAGGACCUCAGCGAUGCUUCAGAAGGUGACGAGACAGACAGGCUGGGAGAGAAGCUCUUCUCAUUGGUAGAGGAGAUGGAUUCACUGCAUGCAAAUGACAUCACAGGUAUGCUCCUGGAGAUGGACGCUGCUUCUGUGCAACAGCUGCUCAGUGACCACACAAAGCUGCAGGUUGCGGUUCAGAAAGCACAGGCAGUGCUGGAUACUGAGAGCUAAGCUGGAUUUGAUCAACCCCCGAUUAUGAAGACUUUUGUUAUUUUAGACUAAAUUGUGAACUGGGUAUGAACGCAAGAUGACCGAUGAGUCUGAAAGACAUCAUUCUGCUGAAAUGAAGGCUCAUUUCUGAGUCCUCUGUUUGCAGUGUCAGCGUCUAAUGAAAAACAAAUCUUCACGGCUUCACUUUGGUGCCAAAUCUUUAUGGUUUUCUUGAUAAAACUGUUUACACUAAUGCAUAAGAAUUGAUUUUCUUCUAUAGAAGUCUCAGAAAUUUGGAUCAAGAUGCUGCUUUUCGUUUUGCAUUAUUGUAAAAAAUUUUCAGCUGCUAGGAAAUAUAGCCCAUUUUCAAAUACAUUUUCAAAUACAUUUCAAAUACAUGCUUACUGUUGUAUAUUAUAGUGACAGAACUAUCUCCAAAUACUGAUUAUAAAGAUAUUCAUCAUUACUAUUUCUUAGUCCUGUGUUCAGCUGUAGCAUACAAAAGGAGGACAAAAAUGAAUGACUGAGCUAAUGUGGAUGGAUUUAUGUAAAUAUAUAAGGUUUGAUAUGCUGAUUUAUUUUUAAGUUUACAUUUUAAUAAUGUAGAAUAUGACUCACUAUCAAAGAAGGAGUAAUUAUGACUGUUUGAGCUCAAAAUGACCAUUAGUGACACAAUAUAGCUAAUUAUGUUGGACCAAUCACAUUUCAUCCUCCUCCAAAAAACAGCUUCUUUGGGGAAGAAGCACUCCUGUUCACUUUAAAAUAUGAAAGUGUUUGGUUAAUUCAUUUCUGAACUUGCUGUCUAAAGGAGAAGGCUUCAGAGCAACUCUGUAGGUACCAAGUGAUUCAUUCAGAUUAGAGCUCGUUAACACGUUCACAGGUGGUGAAUAAGACUUAUAAAGUGUCAUAAACAUGACAUAACACCUGUCAUGAACAUGAGUAGCUCUCUCUGACUGUUGUCAUAAAGUGUCAUUCGGUUAAAUCGCGUCACUUUUAAUACAAAGUUUACAUUAUUCAAAAUGUCUUUGUUGUGACAACUUGAUGUCAAAUCAUGAUCUGACAUAUUUGUUAUAAAAGUAUGAUUGAUUAAACUUUAGCUUUAAUAACAACGCUACAUAAUUUUUAAAGUUUAAUCAGUCAUACUUUUAUAACAAAUUCAUGUCAGAUCAUGAUUUCUUGGUCAAUGUCAAGUUGAGAAACGAAGACAUUUUUGUCUUCGUUAAAUACAACAGUACUGAAGAAAGAUCUUUCUUUAUUCCUGACUAAAAACAAAUGUUAAAAAUAUAUAUCAUGAGUUAGUGAAUAAAUUAUUGCUGUAUUGACUUCCAUAUUUUCGAAAUAAAUAUUUAAAAA